AUGUUCGGCCCAGGCGGCUAGAGUGUCCGCCCGUAACUCGUAUGCUCGGUAAUCCUGGCGGCUAGAGCGCCCGCCUCUAGCUCGUAUGCUCCGCUGCUCGGCGGCUAGAGCGUCCCUCCGCCCGGGGAGCCGCGUGUGACCUUCCCGCCCGCGGACCGAUGCUGCCGGCGGCCGCUCGCCCCCUAUGGGGGCCGUGUCUCGGCCUUCGGGGCGCCGCGCUCCGUCUCGCCAGGGUGACCGUUUGUCUGAAUAGUGGGGCAAGGCAACAGGUGCCCUGUGUCUGCGCGGUGAGGCUGAUGAGGUGCAGCAGCCAUCGAAGGGGGGAGGCCCUCGCUGGUGCACCACUGGAUAACGCCCCGAAGGAGUACCCCCCUAAGAUCCAGCAGCUGGUCCAGGACAUUGCCAGCCUCACGCUCCUAGAGAUCUCAGACCUCAACGAGCUCCUGAAGAAAACGCUGAAGAUCCAGGAUAUCGGA